AUGGAGGAUGUAAAUUUAGGAAACGUUGUUAUUCAACCUAUGGAACAUCAUAAAAGAUUGGGUCAUUGUUUUACUAGGCCAGCAUACAGAAGGGGAAAUAAACCGACCGCCGUAAAAGCUUAUACAAUAAACGAUGAAUCUCAACAUUUAUUAGUUUUCGGUGUACCGAGUUUAAAAUUAGAUAAAGAAUUAUCGAAAAGAUUUUCUAAAUAUGGACCUGUAAAAUCUGUAAAAAGGGUUCAAUAUCCCGAUGUGGAACCAUUUACAGAAGUUUUUCACAUUCAGUAUUUAAGUCUUUCAAAUGCAAGAUUUGCUAAAAAAAAAUUAGACGAUAUGUCAUUCUAUGGUGGUAUUUUACAUAUUUGUUAUGCACCUGAAUUAGAAUCAAUAGAAGAAACUAGAAACAAACUUAAUCAUAGAAGAAAACAAGUUCUUUUAAAAUUGUAUAAAAUGCAAAGAGAACAAAAUAUCGAAUGA